CUCGGCCUCAUCCAUGCCUACCAAAAGCCGCCCAUCUAUAUGUGAAAUGGCCAGAAGAUAUGUUUGCCGUCGGAAUGGGCAGUCACCUUUGCAGGCGUUCGAACGCUUCUGUUACCCGCUGGCCCUCAGCGUUUGUAGGCAUGCAGGCCUCCGUUUUCGUACCCUUCAUGUCAAACUACCAGUAACCGGCGUAACUGGACUCUGCAAUGUGCUGUGCAUGCCCGCCAACAGCAACACUUGCAGUGCAAGGAUCUGUUCAAUUUUGGGGAACGACGCGCCCUCGACAAGGUCUGCACGGAUGUCAGUUUUCCAAACCCUGCCGCGUUCAAAGGAAAACCCCAACAAUCACAGUCGACGGAUGUUGCGGGGAAUGGGUCAGAAAAGGACGGCGGGUUGUUGUUGCGUGGUGCAAGAGGACCGAGACCCAUUUGAUACUCAAAUUCCUUGCACCAGUUGCUGCCAAUUCUUUGCAUCCUGUUUACCAUCUUUUUUCAGUCAAGACCUGGUUAAAAAGAAGAAGAAGGUUUCGCGAAAGAGUAUCAAGGGUCGCAAAAGCAGCAGCGCAAAUGAACGCGACGAUGAUUUUCUGGAACCCGUCAUCCUUCCGCCAAUCAUAAACUCUCGCAAAUUGGCCUUACCCGCUAAUUGCCCAGCAUUUCACAUCGAUGCCAUUGUCGAAGUACGCGAUGGUGCUAAAACCUGGUGGCCUGGCCGCGUUGUAACAGUUCAGUCCGGAAAAGUAUGUGUUCAUUAUGAUGGAUGGGGAGAUCAGUACGAUGAAUGGAUUGAUUGUGAGAGCCAACGGAUACGACUAGCCACUCAAAUGCCAGCAGAUCAAUGCAGUGAACGGAUCAGUCAGGAAAAUGAACAUGGACAGACUGGAGAGGCGGGCAUCGGUCCCGAUGCGGUCAUUUUAGUCGGUCGCUCUGUCAGAGAAAAGCGCAAAAAAAGUGCAGCUUACACGAACCAAAAAAACGCAAAGCGGAAAAAGGCCAACAGUCGCACCAAUGUCACAGUCGUAAAUCCCAUCACCUCGAAAAGUACGGAGAGUGCGACCCCCGCCCGUCCACAAGGCUUCAAUGCCCAACAACCCAGAUCGUCCAGUACAUCACCGGUGGACAAUUUUGGCAUAUUCCGCGCGGCAGCCAAUCGAGAAGCCAGAGAGGCCUACAUCAGUCGAAGGGCACUUGCUAAUGAUGCAACAGCGGAUGACAUGAAACGAUUAUAUGGAAAGGGAGCCCGUGUUGAAGUAUGCUGUGCUGGCGGGGAGCGGUAUAUGGCAACGGUGAUCAAAACCAGAUCAUGGCAAGUACUUGUCCAGUAUGAUGGCUGGGAUGAGGCAUGGAAUGAAUGGAUUGAUAUGAAUUCGAGCAAGAUGAAACUAGUGGAGGCGGCAAGCGGGGAAAACAAUUCUUCUGAAGAUGGAAACUCAUCAGCUGGCGAAUGUAGCUCCGAGGAAGACGAUGAACAAAAGUGGAAGAUUUUUUGUAACCGAUGCGAGAAACGGAUCAGGCAAUAUAGGUACUUUUGCACAUAUUGCGAGGUUCCGUCGGAAGGAUUCGAGUACGAAUCGUUCGAUCUAUGCCUAGCAUGUUUUCAACAAGAUUUUCCUUUGGAUCAUCCGCAUCCCAUACAAUCCUUUGCGGUCGAACCGCUUUUAGAUACCGACGAUCCAACGAGAAGAAAGUUCAAAGAUGGCGAGCUGGUUUCCACCUUUGUUCUUGACGAGUUCGACACAUCGUAUAUCGCGAUGGGCACGAAUCAGUCGCAAAUCGAUGCUGAGACCGUUGUCACGGCCAUUCCCAUGGUCCCACGCUGCGCAUUCUGUCAUUCAGAAAGAACUGAUAUCGUAGGGCCGUUCAUUGGUCCCCAUCCGUUCCGAAACACACGUAUAUCUGGCCGGCGCAUGCCGCUUCCGUCUUCCGAAAAGAAAAACAGUGGUAAGAACAGGAGGGUGCCGAUUUUCUGGGCCCACGAUGCUUGUGCGCGGUUUUCUCCUGAGGUGUACUUUAUGAAGGACUCGGGAAAAUGGCAUAACGUGCUUAAAGCCCUCGCGAGAGGUCGUGGAGUGAAAUGCGCGGCAUGCAAAGAACGUGGAGCAACGAUAGGAUGCUUUGAUGUUCGCUGUACACGCAGUUACCAUGUCGGAUGUACCAGAAAGCCGCUCUCGCAAUUCGAAGAAGGUGUGAUCUUUUGGUGUCCGCGCCACGAAUCUCUUGUGAACAAAGCAGACAAUUACAAGGAUGUGUACAAUUGUGACGUGUGCUCAAACUCCCUUGGGCUAUCGGACAAUGACGAGCAAUGGCAUACCUGCGAUGAAUGUGCACAAAAUCAUUUCAAUACAUUCGACUUGUGCAAAGAAUGCUUUGAAGGUCGGUUUCCCGAGACACAUGAUCACGGCAAAGACCGCUUCAUAACUACCUGUAUGAGCCAACGAAAAGAAAUCAGAGAGAUGGAGCAACAAUUGGCUAGAGAACUGGUUGCUGCAAAUGCCUCCCGAAAGUCCCUCGGACAACGACGAAAAAAGAAACUCGAGCGGGCAUCUGGUAUACGUUGCGCAUAUUGUUGGAUAGAUUCAUCUUCUCGGUGGAGAAAAGGUUACAACGGCAUCCCAAUGUGCGAAGACUGCUUCCAAAUGGCUUCAUCAGCCUUCGCCAGCUCCAAAGCCCCAGAGCUGUGCGCUACUCCCGAGGCAAUUCCAUCCCCUUCGCCUUCUGAGAGCCUAUCACAAUCACCGGUUAACGCCCCAACACCUGUGCCAGUAAGAAUAGAAGCCGAUUCUCCAGCACCGGUUUUGGACCCGACAUCUAUGGAGCGAGUGUAUAGAACGGAAAUCGAAGCAUAUAGCCACGAAUACUAUCUCACGAGGGGGGUGGUAGGAAAAGCUAGUGGAGCGGACGAGAUUGGAGCUGCCGAAGUGAACAAGUCGUCCGAAUUCGGAAUAUUGCAAUCCUAUGCCCCGACGGACGAUCAGCUCUUUACGAUGGGAUUUGACACUAGUUUUUAUGAUAUUCCGGGACGGGCGCCGCGAUGGGCGACUCACUCGGGAGGAGAUUAUCACGGUACCUGGCUCCCGCAAAUUGUGCGCAUGUCACUUCUACGGUAUACGUCUGAAGGAGAGCGAGUCCUAUCCAACUUUUCUGGUCGCGGGACAGAUGCCAUCGAAUGCUUCCUGUUAAAACGACGAUGUUGCUCUGUGGACAUCAACCCGGCGUCGGUAGCUUUAUCUCAGCGUAACGUAUCAUUCUCAGUGCCCCCAGAGCUUGGUUUGACGGCGGCAUAUCGUCCGGUCAUUGUACUUGCCGAUUCCAGAGAAUUAAUUGGAUCAUUAUUCGAGGAUGAGAGCUACGACCACAUACUAUCUCACCCGCCAUACAAGGACUGCGUUUCUUACAGUGCACAUAUAGAAGGAGAUUUGUCUCAUUUCCCGGACAUGGAGGAUUUUCAGAAGGAGAUGGAAAAGAUUGUGGCAGAGACGUGGAGGCUUCUUAAACCAAACCGGCGCUGCACGCUCGGUAUUGGUGACAACAGACGCGAGUGCUUUUAUCAGCCUGUGUCGUUCCAAACGAUCCGUACUUACAUUAACGAUGGGUUUGAAUUGGAAGAACUGAUUGUGAAACGCCAGCGAUACUGUCAAAUGGCCCCGCUGGGCACAUACUUGUGCACACAGUACAACUUUUUGAUGUUCACUCAUGAGUUUAUUGCGAUUUUGCGAAAAGUGGACGAUCGUCAACAUAGUGGCUUGUUUUCGUACUUGAAGGUGGAUGAUGAUCAUGAUUUCCAUGUCAACCCAACCAGAAUCCUUCGUGUGAUUCCGGCUGCUCCAAUCGACAGGACAAGCAUCGUUAUGGGAACUGUGUGGACAUUCCGAGUGACGCAAAAACAUUCCUUGGCUAGACUCGCAAUGUCAAAAUUGAUUGAGCGAUUCGGAACGGAUAGUGCGUACUGGGAGGAAGUAUCCAUUAGCGAGUUUCGCAACAAGGUAAUUAGGGCCGCAGUAUAUGAUGAUCUGUGUGCUGAACGAGAUCCGCCGGAGGAGGAGGAUGAAGAAGAGGAAAACGGCACAGAAGUGACCGAAUACGAACGAAGGCGAAGAGAGCAGCUCAGUAAGAAUACUAGGGAAUUGUUAUCUAUGGGUCUCAUCUCUGAACUGAGCCCAGAAGGGGAAGAUGAUGCGAAACAUCUUGAAACCCUACUUGCAAUGCCUCCUGUUCAGACGAUUCAACAUGAAGGGUGCCCAACAAUGCAUCCGCCUUCCUCUCCGGUAAUUAUCUUUGUUCCCCAUAUCAACGCACCAUCCACCGCUAUCCUACCGCAUGCUUGGAUCAAUGAGUACCGCAAAUUCGUGAUAGACUGCGCCCGCGAUGCAGCUGCACGCUUGACAGAUGGCGGGUACUUUAUCAUUGGUGUCAAAGAUGCCAGAAUCUUCCUACCACCCAAAACAGACCCAUCUUCAGAAAACGAACAGCCAUGUGGCAUUCAAACAAAAUACGUACCUCUUGGCCUUUUGGUUAGUGAAGAUCUUUCCAGGUAUUUUGAAGGCUCGGAGAUGCGGCUCAAGGAUUUUGUGGUGGCUGUGCCUGAGGGAUAUUCUCGGGACAAGGGGAUAGAGUUUGAGGAAAUGAAGGCUAGAAUCGAUGAGGAUGAACAAGAAUGGAAAAGUGAACAAGAGAAGGAAGCUAAUGGACAGUCAAACGUGAGACGACUUUUACCAAUUGUCCAGGCAUACUACUUCAUUUAUGCCAAGCAAGCUGGUAAUCGGAAACUCAGCGAACCUAGCUCCUGACCGUUGCCACCAUAACUAAACUAGCACCACCUUCCAUCCUAAUUACCACCUACUUUCUGGGACACUUUUGCUUACAUUGUCUAGUGUUUCUCUGUGUGGGUGAUUAGAUAUACGCCUUCAGAUAGGUGAUGGAACGUUGGGCUCCAGCACUGGAUAUUCAAUUCAAAAUGUUCUGAUAGGAAGGCAUGAGGAGUAGAGAUUUAUAGAUUCUUCAAAAUAGCUGAACGGUCCGCAUUAUAAUAGUCAUGUCACCUUUCAAGCCCA